AUGGCAGAAAUAAUUCUUCAGCGGAGGAAAGCUGCGACGGUGCUGAACGAGCCAAACUCACUGAUCAUAUUGUUAAUCAUAUGUUUAGUACAAUUAUGUGGUGGGCAAGUCAUAAACAGAGCUCCUCACUUCAUACCACAAACUGGGGACAUGUCACAGUUCAGUUUACCCGAAGACACCCCAGUUGGCACUCCAGUGUACCAUUUAAAAGGUAUAGACCCAGAGAACGGUCAGCUAAGAUAUUCGAUAUCGGGUCAAUACUUCAGCGUGGACUCUUUGACCGGAGUGGUGACGCUUGCCAAGUCAUUAGACCGAGAGGAACAGCCGUCUUUGGAAGUCAUCAUUAGUAUAACUGAUGAGGGUAUAGCAGAAACGGAACCUAACACUGUGUCUCUUCGUCGUGUAAUCCCGGUGCGAGAUGUGAACGACAACCCGCCUGUGUUCCACAAUAGGCCUUACAUUGUCAACAUUAGCGAGGCUUUGCCUGUUGGAAGUGAGAUUGAGGUUUCGCCACGUAUCGUGGUGACGGACCGUGACGAAGGCGACAACGCGAAGAUUCAAGUCAGAUGCUCUACCAAAGAGAGGGGGAGCGAUUUCGAGGCAUGCUCGACGUUCAAAAUAGUCACGGAUAUGUUAACUCCAAACCAAUACCAAGUACGAAUCUUCCUUUCACUGCCAUUGGACUUCGAGAGUCGUUCUGCCUACGUCAUAUCAUUGGAAGCGUCGGAUAUGUCUGCGAAGCCUCUACGUGCACUCGCCAGUGUAGCGGCGGCGAUACAGGAUGUUCAGGACCAGCCACCGGCAUUUGUGAACGCACCGUAUUCAGCUACAGUACCUGAAAAUACUCCUCCAAACACCAGCGUAAUGGAAAUAAUUGCUAAGGAUGGGGAUACAGCGAACCCUCGCCCAAUAUUAUUGACAAUAGAAGGAGAUACCCAAAACUACUUUCGACUACUACCAGAUAGGCCAAUUGGCCGCGCUACGUUGGUCUCAACAGACGUUACUAUUGAUAGAGAAAGUGACAUUGUUGUGCAGAAUGGAGGAGUGUAUAAUUUUUUUGUUAAGGCUACAGAAUUAAUAAACAACGAAGUGCCAUCAGAUUUUACAGUUAUACCUAUAACAAUAAUAGUAACUGACGUAGAUGACCACAUACCUCAAUUCAAUAAAGAUCUGUUCGAUAUAUCGAUACCUGAAAACAUUGAAAACGGUAGUCCGAUACCAGGCUUAUCGGUGUAUGUCGAUGACAACGAUUUAGGACAGAACAGUAAAUACGAUUUGAAGUUACGAGAUGUAUUUAAUUCGGAAGGAGUAUUUACAAUUAGCACAGAUCACGGUGAAGGACGAACACCGAUCAGUAUAAAAGUAAAAGAUUCUUCUAAGCUAGAUUACGAUGUUGAUGACGAAGAUAAGAGGCUAUUUAGUUUCGAUAUUGUCACAUCCGUUAACGAUGACGAGCUUUCGUUUGCUAGAGUAAAUAUUAAACUAUUGGAUAUGAAUGAUAAUGCACCAGUAUUUGAUGAACCCCAUUAUAAAUUUAAUGUACUAGAAAACGCACCUAUCGACUAUAAAAUUGGUAAUGUUCAAGCAACUGAUAAGGAUUAUGGUAUAUUUGGCGAAAUAGAAUACUCUUUAAUAGGAUUCGGAUCAAAUUUAUUUAAAACCGAUAAGAUAACAGGGGGUUUAUACGUGGCAAAUACACUAGAUUAUGAAACCCAAAGAAGCUACAGUCUAACUCUUGUUGCAAGAGAUGGUGGUGGGAAAGGAACGACUACAAGCAUAUUUAUUGAAGUUUUAGAUGCUAAUGAUAAUGCACCUAUUUUUGAAGCUUCAGAAUAUAGCCGCACUAUAAGAGAUGGCGCCACAAGUUUUGAACCACAGCUCGUUGUACGGGCAACAGACGCAGAUGGGCCAACUCAAGGAGGUGACCGAGUUCGUUAUUCUCUGGAAUCCGACAAUAGUAUUGCACAUAAAGGACAAGUUUUUGCUAUUGACGAGGACACGGGUGAAAUAUCUAUUGUAAACAAAGUUGAAACGAUGGACACACCUAGAGGGCAAUACGAACUGGUUGUAAGAGCUACUGAUUACGGAAAACCACCUCUUUUCAAUGAAACAAAGGUGUAUAUACGUGUUGGUGUACCCGGUAACCAGCGUCCAACAUUCAAGGGCAAUUAUCAUCAUUACACGUACUCAAUAAAUCCAAGAAAUCAAGACAGUAAUGAUGAUUUUACAUUUGAUCUUAAUCCGAUGAAUUAUAAAGCUAUAAUAAGAGAAGAUGUGAAACCAGGACAAAAUGUUACCAAUGUCAUUGCUAAUGAUCCAGACGGGCUGGAUGAUUUGUUAAGCUAUCACAUAGUAUCUGGAUCAAAGGAUAAUUUUGUAAUUAAUGAAAAAACGGGUCUUAUAACAGUUUCUAACGAUGCAAACCUCGACCGAGAUAUAAAUCCUGAACGUUAUGAAAUUAUUGUUUCCGCAGUGGACAGUGGUGUUCCCAUUCCUGAAACUGCAACUACUACAGUAUUUGUAACUAUUCAAGAUAUCAAUGAUAAACCUCCUAAAUUUAAUGUUACGGAAAGUACUACAUAUAUUUCUGAAAGAACAAAAAUUAAUGAUGUUGUAACAAAACUGGUUGCACACGAUUCCGAUUCCAAUGCUAGGCUGAAAUAUAGUUUAAUAGAACCAAUUAAAGCAUUUUCUAAAGCUGGUGUUCAAGUCAAAUCGAAUUCGCCGUACGAUUACAAACACAUGUUUAAAGUUAAUGAAGACACUGGAGAAAUACUAGUGAAUGGCACUCUAGAUUAUAGUCAAGCAUCUGUGGUUAUAUUGUUAAUAAAAGUUACUGAUGUAAAUGCAGAAGCGAACAAGGAAAAUCAAUAUGCCGUAACGGAACAUACUAUUUAUAUACAACCUUAUGCUGAUAAAAAUCCACAGUUUACAAACCCCGGCUGGACUAGUUCUCACGCUAUAAUACAUCACAAAGUAAAAGAAGAUCAACCAAUUGGAAGCACUGUGCUUAUUUUAAUGGCAGAAGAUCCCACAUCGGGUCACAUGGUGUCUAACUUUAAAGUAAUAAACUCUGAAACUGGCCUUUUACAAGUUGACCCCUUAAGUGGGCAAGUCGUAUUGACAAAACAUUUAGAUUAUGAAGAGCUUACAAGUCCUAAUUUAACUUUAACCGUGCAAGCCACUAGUAAUGAUGGAAGUAAACAUAGUACAGCUAAAGUAAUAAUCGAAGUGGUAAAUCUCAAUGAUAAUCCACCAAUCUUUAGUAAAGAGCUAUACAAAGUAAGCGUGCUAGAAUCAAUAAGGCAUCCAGAACAAAUAUUAACUGUCCAAGCAAAGGAUGGCGAUGCAAUUUUAACUGAUGAGGAUAAUAGUAGUGGUUUUGCAGAUGUACGGUACUUACUAAGAGGAGAAAAUGCAGAAUUACUUACUAUAGAUAAUAUAACUGGAGUUAUCCAGAUAGCACAAAAUAAGACUUUAGAUCGUGAACGCCAAUCAGUUCUUCGGCUAGAAGUUGAAGCAUUUGAUACACCAAAAGGUGGUGCAGAAAGGCUUAAAUCUAUUGCUACACUACUCAUAGACGUAUUGGAUGUAGAUGAUAACACGCCAACUUUCGACAAAGCUGUAUAUACUGCUGUUGUACCAGAAAAUGUGGCAGUUGGAAAAAAUGUUAUUAAAUUAACAGCAACUGACCCCGAUGAAGGUUUAGGGGGAGAAAUUAAGUAUGAAUUUUUAGAUGAAGGUGAAACUAACGGCCUAUUCACAAUAGAUCCUAUAAACGGAGAAGUGAGAACUCAACGUGAUCUAACUGGUCGUGGUCGUACAGACCCUUACCGUUUACUAGUUGGAGCUACAGAUGGUGGAGGUCACACUGGAGAUGCGUCUUUGUCUCUGUAUAUUGGAGAUGUUAGCGCUAACGAUGGAGUACCGAGGUUUAUUAGACCGGCUCCUGGAGAGAUGUUGAGUGUUAGUGAGAAUGCAACCAUUGGAUCUCACGUUUUUCAAGUAGUGGCGAGUGACCCAGAUGAUCCUACUCAAGCUUCGGGUCAACUUUUUUACUCUAUGCAACAAAAUAAUGCAGAUGCCAAGAUAUUUGCCAUCGACCCCCACACAGGCAUAAUAACAACUCGGCAAACGUUAGACAGAGAGCGUAAGCCGUCGUACACGUUAGUGCUACUUGUCACAGACAGAGGUCAACCUCCACAGCAAAGUACGCGUAUCGUCACCGUAGAAGUGGCCGACGUAGAUGACCACAAACCACACUUUGGCAGGGGUUUGGAUGAUCCCCCAUUACUGAUAACAACAAACGAGGAAGUACCAGUUGGAACUGUUCUAGGGACGAUUCAAGCCAUUGAUGAAGAUAUCGAUGAAAAUGCUGCGAUAGACUAUGUUAUAACUGCUGGCAAUGAAUUAGACCUACUCAGGCUGGAACGCACAAACGACAGCAGGGCUCUUAUAAUAGCUGCUAUGAGAUUAGAUCGAGAAACUGUAUCUAGACAGCUACUCACUGUAAAAUGUUUCAAGUAUGGCACUAGAGCAAGGAUUAAUAAGUCGUAUAAUCGCUUAGACCCAUCUGAAAUCCAAGUUGUGAUUAAGAUUCUUGACAUCGACGAUCAUCUACCUGAAUUCGAUAAUACAAACAUGACUAUUGGAGUGAGAUUAAACGUUCCUGUAGAUACGAUCAUAGCGACAGUUAAAGCAGUCGAUAAGGAUCCUGAAGCAUUACCAAUAAAUUACAAGAUAAUAAACAUGACUUUCGAGUCACCUAUUAAGUCUAAGUCCGUGAAUAAUAUAACUGACGUCAUUGUAUUAAAUAAUGUGACCGGUGAAAUGAAAAUUAUGAAGAAUUUAAUACAUUAUGCUGAUGGUAUAUUCAGGCUUAUUGCUCGAGCAAACAAUUCGAAUGAAACUGAUCGAUUCAGAGAUCUUCUCGUGGAGGUAGUAGUGGUUCGGGAACGGGAUCUCUUACGGCUAGUGGUGCCCGGCGGCAGAUCCCGCCUAGCUGCGCUCAAGGAACGAAUCUCGAAUGUUCUAGAAACCAAACGAUUAAGGCUACAAUUGCAUGAUGCUCCACAUGCCGCUUUUUACGAUAAUGUCGGGCCAUGCUUCCAAUUCCGCAAGAUGGACACCGGAGAGGCCCUCACGCCCAAGGCGAUGAAGCAAACCAUACGCUUACUAGGCACGGAGUUCCAAGAGAUACUGGAAACCUAUAACGUGCACAACAUCACGAGCUGCGGCGCGUCUAGAACCAAGCACACGUCAGCACAGCACGCCUUGCUGAUGCUGGCGGCAGCGUUACCUGUCGCUGCUUUCAUUGCUACACUGGUGCUGUGCUGCAUGCAUUCCAGUGCUAAACGACGCAUGCGCUCAUCUCUGCUGGUCAGGGAGGCAGCGCCUGCACCGACCACAAUGUCUGCUCCCACCAGACUCUACGCUGAGCCCCUUUACUCCACGUGACGAUAACAUAAGCAAUGAUUACAUAUGAAGUCAACUCAGCCAACCGACAGGGCAACGAAUGAGUGUGUUGGGAGGAAUGAGGGAGCUCGGCUCUGCUUGCGUGCCGGUUCUUUCAAUGAGUAUACAAAGAAGUUGACUCACUAUAUACUCAUACUCAUUACAUAACAAUACUUUCCAGACCAUCCAAAAUAUGGCAUCAUGUCGAAGGCUCUUGGUAUAUUCCACCUCACCACGUUCUUGUGCUUAAAUGAAGCACGAACAGUUCGCCCUACUACCCUGAAGUUAUAGUUUAUAGUCCGGAAACCGUUAUAGUAAAUACUCGACUUUAAUGACCAUCUAAUAGCUGUUAGUGAAAAAAAACAUUAAUGUACUAACAGCUGUGCUAGAUUGUCGUUUCACAGCCUGCUGCUAUAACGCACGUUGAAGCAAGCUCUCUCGCGUUUUUAAAACUAAACAAUAUAUUCCGCGUGGGUUUGUGGCUGUCAGGAAUCCUUUUUUGUUAAAUAAAAUAAACCAAGACGAUGGCUCACCUGAUGGUAAAUGGAAAACCAUCGCCUAUAAACAGAGGAAGCCUCCAUACUAGGGUAUGCAAGGAGCCCGUCCUGCAACAUGGCGCCCUGUGUCCAUCAACCUAAGGCGUAGGAGUUAAGCCACAUGUGCCUGAAAAAAACACAGCAUUGCAAGGAUAAGGCCGCCUUUAAAUUCUAAUGCCAUCGUUGUAUUUCUAUUCUUAUUUAACUUUAACACCCGUACGGGGCUAAGGAAAUCAGCUACUCUGAAACGUUUUUUUUUGUCAAGCAAAACUCGCUGUUUAAAGAUUUUGCAAAUUCAAAUUCAAAAUUUCUUUAUUCAUGUAGCCCUAUCACAGGCACUUAUGAAGCGUUCAUACAUAUAUGUUUACAUA